AUGUCUAUCAACGUUGCCAUUCCAACGCCAGUAGAAGUGACGUCCUUCCCCUACUCUUAUGAUGCUACUCCACAACAGAGUCGAUCUGUCUCCGCUGUCAAUAAUUCAAAGCUCAACGACGCUAUUGUGUCAACACCACGCUCAAUGGCCGAUCAAGCCAUCAUCAGCCCAAAAGUUGCCGCUCCAGCGUCAGCGCCAGCACCAACGCCAGCCACAUCUUCAUCGUCAGCGUCAGUGUCAGCGUUGGCCUCGAAAUCAAGCGCCCAAAUGCAAGCAAGCUCGGCCAAAAGGGUCCAUCGAGAAGUACGGUUUGGAUCGUACAUUUUAGGGUCUACCUUGGGCGAAGGGGAAUUUGGCAAGGUGAAACUAGGGUGGAGAAAAGAUGGGAAACAUCCGAGCCAAGUGGCAAUCAAACUCAUCAAGAGAUCAACUAUUGUCAAGGACUCCGAUUCGGAAAUCAAAAUACACAGAGAGAUCAACUCUUUAAAGCUUUUGAACCACCCAAACAUUGUCAAUUUGGUUGAAGUGAUGAAGAGCGGGAAAUAUGUUGGCAUCGUUCUAGAAUACGCCUCCGGAGGUGAGUUGUUCGACUACAUUCUACAACACAAGUACUUGAAAGAGCCCGCUGCCAAAAAAAUCUUUGCUCAGUUGGUCAGCGGGGUCGACUACAUGCAUUCCAAGGGGUUGAUUCACCGCGAUUUGAAAUUGGAAAACUUGCUACUUGACAAGCACAAGAAUGUCAUCAUAACUGACUUUGGGUUUGUCAACUCUUACAAUAGAGAACGCAAUGACUUGAUGAAGACAAGUUGUGGGUCGCCUUGCUACGCGGCUCCCGAGUUGGUCUUGACCCAGGCCCCGUACGAAGGACGAAAAGUUGACAUUUGGUCAUUGGGAGUCAUCUUGUAUGCAAUGUUAUCUGGUUAUUUGCCCUUUGACGAUGAUCCAGAUAACGCCGACGGCUCGGAUAUCAUCAAACUAUAUCACUACAUUUGCAGGACUCCAUUGACUUUUCCCGAGUAUGUUAGCCCUUUGGCUCGUGACUUGCUUCGGAAAAUCAUUGUAUCAGAUCCAAAGAACAGGAUCGAUAUCAACAAAAUCAGGAACCAUCCAUUCUUAACACAAUACUCGUCACUUUUGUCGAUAAGGCAACCUGAAUGGGACAGAAUUCACCAAGAGAGACAAAUCCCUGCUGCACUUUCGGAACAGCAAUCGCAAAUGCCUGCUUAUAACAAGAGAUUCUCGAUGAUCAAUGCGCCUACAAACUCGUCUUCGUUGAUUUCGUCGCCCAUGCAGCACCACAAUUCCCACCACAUUAACCAAUUACAGCCCCAUUUCCAAAUGCAAUUACAAAAUAUGGAACAGAGUAUGCCCGUUACAGCUCACUCGAGAUCGCAUUCCUCCACUAGCAUUAGUCUCCUUUACGCAUCUCCAUCAAUGUCAAACAGUGCUACUCCAAAGUUGGAAGACUCGACCGAUUCUCUAGCGUUGUCCAAGACACCUUCGCCCAAGAAACCUUCGUCCGUGUCGCCAACUAGAGGGCACCAGAAAGCUGCUUCCUUGUCGCAUCCAUUUUCUCCAGCAAGCUAUGCUUUGAAAGCUGUUGUCAACGAUGACAUGUUGCACAGACCAGCCGCAACCAUCAUCACCAGCAACAAUAACAGCAGCAGCAACAACAACAACAACAUUCACAGUAACAUCAACUAUGGUCUGGGUAUGAUAUCCACCAUAAUUGAAAGCCCCACCAAGCAAACACAACUCCCGCUCUCGACACCACAACCACCACCAAUUAAAGAGUUUUCAAAACUACCACAUUCGGCAAAAAAGCCUCGACCAACGUCAUAUCAUCCAUCCUCAAUGUCUUCGUCAAUGAUGAGCAAUGGCGGUGGCGGGAACUAUAAGGAUGUAUUGAAAUACCCAGCUGCAGCAAACUACAUGACGCAAUACCUUUCUACAUCACCAAUUAAACAAACAGAGGUUUCCAGUAACGAGUUUAACUCCAGGAGACCCGACCUUUCAACCAGGCAAAAUUCAGAAGUAUCUCAUGUUCACGUUAAUGGCGUGUUGAGUAAUGAAAACAAAGCAGACUCGCCAGACCUCAAGCGCAACUCUGUGUUGAGCUACUUGGAAGAUAGGAUGGAAGCCUUGGAGUUGAGUGAGUCGCAUUCUCCGACAAAAGCAGUCUUUGAGAGCACUGUCUCGUCAACAGUUCCAUCCAAACUUGACCUUCAGCAGAGCAAGGAAAAUGCAACUGAAACUGAAACUGAAACUGCAGUUGUAGAUGCAGGUGCAGUUGCCGCUGAAGAGGGCGAGCAGGAGAAAGUGGAUCCAAGCCGGGUGGAUCUGGAUGAGAAGCAAAGUAAUGAAAACACACAGCAAAGCGACGAGAAGCACGUUUCCGAAACAAGGCUGGUCAUUGAUCCAGUACAAGCAUCGAAAGAAGAGACCGCCAACAAGAAAGUUGAAAGCACUGCAACUAGUAAUGAUUCGCCCAUUUUGACUGCUCUCAAGCAAACGAGGGCAGAGGAUGUAAACAAGAAGCAUAGUCACACAGUUCGAAAAGCAGAGCAGCAUUUGCAUUCUUCAUCGGGUGAUGAAAACAAGGAAAACAGAGAAAACAGAGAAAAUAGAGAAAAUAGAGAAAACAGGGAAAACAAAAAGAAGAACCGAUUCAGCUUGUUGUCGUUCUACAGCCCCUACAAUUCUUCUUCGUCGAAUGUCUCAAUGCCUCCGGCGAAAGAUGUUGCAAUCACAAAUCAGCAGCAAGUAGGUGGCGCCACAGUUUCAACCACAUCGGUCAAAACAGGUAGAAAAGUAUCAGAUAAACCACAGCAUCAUCAAGAUGCAACUAGCAAUAUUUUGAAAAAGUCAGAUCAUAAAAGAUUGAAUUCCAAUUCCACUCUCGCUUCGAAAAGACAAUCCAUCGCCGCUGUUGCCUCAAGCUCGACUGCCGCUUCCUCCACCACAACAGCGGCAUCUUCCAGCUCGGGCAAAGAAUCCAGCGCAGCCAGAAAAGUCAUGGAUUUCUUCAAAAGACGCAGCGUCAGAGUGGGAUGA